AUGAGUUCCCAGAAAGGGAAUACAGGGAGGACUAGGCCCCAAAAAUACAAAAACCGAUCGGCCUUUAAGAACAAUUUGCACGAUAAAAGUACGAAAACCAAAUUAAUAAACAGCUUGCAUGUAAGUGAUGUUUGUGUUCGCUGCAAGGAAAUAAUAGAAUGGAAAAUUAAGUACAAAAAAUACAAACCGCUCUCGCAGCCGAAAAAAUGCGUAAAGUGCGAACAAAAAACCGUAAAAAAAGCUUAUCACGUUAUGUGUUUCGAUUGUGGUAGAAAACUUGAAGUUUGCACCAAGUGUUGCCAAUCUAAGGAAAUUGUGCCGGCACCCCCUGAUAAAAGGGAACAAAUUAAAUUGGAUAACGAAAUGAAGGCUCUGCUGCAAUCUUUACCAGAACGUAAGAGAAGGACGUUUUUGAGGUACAUGGAGAAAAAAGGCCUUGAAGAUAAGGAAAAAGAUGAAAAAGUCACUGAUGAUCAGCAAAAAGAAGAUCUAAUGUCAAAACUUAACGAUUUAAAAGUUAAGGAUGAUGAUGAUGAUGAUUUUGACGAUUUUAGCGAUGAUAUAGAAGACAAUGAAGAUGAAGAAAGUGAUUAA